AUGGCGCCGGUGCUGCCCCUGGUCCUGCCCCUCCAGCCCCGCAUCCGUCUGGCGCAGGGGCUCUGGCUCCUCUCCUGGCUGCUCGUGCUGGUCGGUGGCCUCACCCUCCUCUGUAGCGGGCACCUCCUGGUCCAGGUGUGGCACCUUGGUACCUUCUUGGCUCCCUCCUGCCCAUUCUCUGCCCUGCCCCAGGUUGCCUUGGCGGCCAGUGCAGUGGCUCUGGGCACAGGACUGGUGGGCUCAGGAGCUAGCCGGGCCAGUCUGGAUGCAGAACAAUACCCUCCCUGGCGAGGGGUCCUGGGCCCACUGCUGGUGGCUGGCACAGCGGGGGGCGGGGGGCUCCUGGUUCUCGCCCUGGGACUAGCCCUGGCUUUACCUGGGACUCUGGACACGGGGCUGGAGGAGGGCCUGGGUUCUGCCUUGGCUCACUACAAGGACACAGAGGUGCCCGGACGCUGUCAAGCCAAACGGCUAUUGGAUGAGCUGCAGCUGAGGCACCACUGCUGCGGCCGUCAUGGCUACAAGGAUUGGUUUGGAAUCCAGUGGGUCAGCAACCGUUACCUGGAUCCCAAUGACCACGACGUGGUUGACCGGAUCCAGAGCAAUGUGGAAGGCCUGUAUCUGAUUGAUGGGGUCCCUUUCUCCUGCUGUAAUCCCCACUCACCCAGACCUUGCCUGCAAAGCCAGCUCUCAGACCCCCACGCCCACCCCCUCUUUGAUCCCCGACAGCCCAACCUCAACCUCUGGUCCCAAGGAUGCCAUGAGGUGUUGCUGGGGCACUUGCAGGGGCUGGCAAGCACACUGGGCAACAUGCUGGCUGUUACCUUCCUGCUGCAGACUCUGGUACUUCUGGGCCUGCGAUACCUGCAGACGGCACUGGAGGGGCUCGGAGGAGUCAUUGAUGGGGAGGGAGAGGCCCAGGGCUACCUCUUUCCUGCUGGGCUGAAAGACAUGCUGAAAACAGCUUGGCUGCAGGGAGUAGGGCCCCACAGGCCAGCACCUGGGGAGGGCCCCCCAGAAGAAGAACCUCCCAAGGAGGGUCUACCUGAAGCCUAG